AUGAUUGUCGAAGUCGACGAGCGCAUCCAGCAGGAGCACCCUGAUUUUCUCUCUCGUAUCAAGAAUCGCCCCCGGUAUGCACCUGGCAAGAAGGAUGAUAGAGAAAGUUUGAAACCUCAGAUGUCCAGCAAUCAACCUGUGAAUAUGAAGACAGAACCCCGCAUGGCAAUUCAGCCUUCCCGCCGGCGCGAUUCGACGAUAUGCCCUAUGCUCCUUAUACCCACAAAACUCUAUAGAUGGUAUUUCUCACUGUUCCUCGCUGCUGGGGGCGAAGGGUAUAUCACGGCCAUACGGACGAUAUCACGUCUCACCAAUGCCUCCAGCCCACUCAACCAAGCGUCAUCUGAGCCGCACGUCAUCCGUCACCAGGGAAAGCCCAAAAGCUGCAUCUCGCGCUAUCAUAGGUCCAAGUUGUGCGAGUGCGAUGAGCCCAUACAAGAGGAAGAAAGGACAGACGAGUUGUUGGCGAUAUCAUCGCGAGAGGCGAGCACCCUUCGUGUUCCACCCAACGUCGUCUACCGAACCCAUGUGCCGAUCCGACAAUUGUUAGGCAUCUUGACCCAGCCAAUUGGUGCUGCAGAGCCCGACACCGGCCUACUAUGGUCUCCAUCACCACUUAUCCCAUCCCCUUCGUGGCGAGAGCCACUUGACUCCGCCACACCAUGCUGCCUUUCGCCCGAGGAUGUUGACAAUCCUCUCCUUUCGGCGUGA